AUGGCGCCAAACCUACCAGAAUCUGGCCGCAAAACGGCCAGCACCAUCCAGCUGCCUUACCGUCAUGAGAAGCUGCCACGACUCGCCGAAGGCUCCAAGAUCCAGAAGCGUGCGAUUCCCCGCCGCCAACAACCGGCCUCGUCCAAUGAACGCCUCAUCUAUGUUUCGUCAUCGACACCGUUCAUGUCCGUCGUCAAACGUGUGCGGAAGCAACUGGAUCGGUCGCUUCAAGACCGGGCUCCAUCUACCAAGAAACUGAGUCUUGCCCAACGUGUCAAUCUCCUGAAUCGAGAUACCAGCACUGUGGGCGAAAGCAAUUGCGAGGUGUUGGUACUGGGCACAGGAAAGGCGAUUGAGAAGACCCUGAGCGUGGCCAGCUGGUUCGAACAACAGCCAGACUGUCAGGUACAAGUGAGGACACGGACAGUCGCCACCGUGGAUGACGUUGUGAUGGAGGGUGAUGAGUUUGGAGGAGACGAGAGCCGAAAACGCAGAAUGAUGUCAACGACCGCCAUGAUACCCUACUCUGAUGACCCCGCGAGGGGCCCGCGAUCGUAG